UAUGAAACCUCUUCCUGGUCCAGUCGUGUAUGUCAUGAUGUUGAAAAAAAAGAAGUAGCGUAAAGCCAAUUCAAGAUCGUUGAUGGCAAUCAGCAUCCAGUUCUAGCUUAAUCUCGGAAGACUAUCCGGAGUGCCGCAGGGUUUUUUUUUUAACGGAAACCCCAAGAGGAGGAAAGAUGAAAGGAGAUACAGCAAAACAUGACAAAGUGGGCAGAGCAGAAAGUAAAGGCCAAGCAGAUGAUGGCUCCUCUCGUGUUAUAACUGUGGUGUUCUUGGCGCUCCUCAUUGACUUACUUGGAUUCACGCUUAUUUUGCCACUGCUUCCCUCUAUAAUGGAUUAUUAUGGCAAAACUGAUGAUGGUAUAUAUAGGUCACUACAAAACACAGUGGAUUGGUUCAGUGAAAAAGUUGGUGUUCCAGAAGAAAGGAAAUAUAAUAGUGUUCUCUUCGGAGGCCUGAUUGGAUCCUUAUUCUCACUGCUGCAGUUCCUUUCCUCACCACUCACAGGCGCAGCUUCAGACUAUUUUGGACGAAGGCUUGUAAUGACGGCUUUAACGAUAGGACUGAUGGCUUCCUAUGCACUAUGGGCAGUUUCCAGGAGCUUCAGUAUUUUUCUCCUUUCACGAGUGAUUGGUGGAAUCUGCAAAGGGAAUGUUAGUCUUUGUACAGCUAUCAUUGCAGAUUUGCCCUCUCCUAGCCAGCGAAGUAAAGGAAUGGCAAUGAUUGGUGUUGCCUUUUCACUUGGUUUUACUUUUGGACCAAUGAUUGGCGCCUACUUUGCCAUCAGAGCCACGCAAGGAGAAAUUUUCUAUGUGGGCCCCGCACUCUUGGCUGUCCUGUUUUCCACCGCUGACUUGGCAUUCAUCUUCCUCAUGCUUCCAGAGACACUGCCUGAAAAAAACAGGGUGGCUUCAGUAACUUCUGGUUUUCAGCAGUCUCUCAAUCUCCUGAGCCCAUUAUCCUUGUUUCAGUUCUCUGCUUUAAAUUCAAAAAAGGAUGCUCAUCACAAAGAAAGUCUACAGAACCUUAAGAUCUUGGGACUUGUGUAUUUCUUAUACUUGUUUUUGUUUUCUGGACUUGAAUAUACCCUCAGCUUCCUUACUCAUCAGCGCUUCCAGUUUAACAGCAUGCAGCAAGGAAAGAUGUUUUUCUUCAUUGGCAUUACAAUGGCUGUCAUCCAAGGAGGUUAUGCUAGAAGAAUUGAGCCUGGGAGAGAAAUAAAAGCCAUCAAACAAGCAAUAAUCCUUUUGAUCCCUGCAUUUGUUUUAAUUGGCUUGGCGUGGAGUGUGACUAUGCUGUAUGUUGGCUUGCUCCUGUACUCCUUUGCUGCUGCUAUAGUUGUCCCCUGCUUAUCUACACUUGUGUCUGCUUAUGGAAAUGUCAGCCAGAAGGGCACAUUGAUGGGCAUCCUCCGAAGCUUGGGAGCACUUGCAAGAGUUUUUGGCCCAAUUAUAGCAUCCAGUGUGUACUGGCUGUUGGGCGCAGAGGUGUGCUUCCUCACCAGCUCCGUCUUAUUUGUUGCUCCUCUUUUACUACUGAGGCAUGUCAAACAGACUAAAAUGAAGUGAGGCUUCAGUGUUAUCAGGCAUCAAAGAAAACGGUUAAAUGAGAAUUCACUGCCCUAACAUACAACCCAUGAUGGCAGCAUGCAAGGGCAGCUCAUUGGGGUUUCUUUACUUGGACCUGUGGCACUCAUCUAUGUCUUGCUUUCCUGUGGUGGAAAACAACGCCUUCAUAUCACACUUUGAUGAAUUCUAUGCCAGGGUGGUGCCAACCGGAGUCACUUGAAUACAAGCUCGUUUGGGGUUUAAAACUUGACUCUCAUGUGUUUUCAGAAUAUAGUGCCUUUUGUUGACAAAGAAACCUCAUACAUACAAAUUAAAUAUCUAUUACUAGAAGUCUAGUUUAUCAAGCAGCUGUGCCAGGGAAGUACAAUGCUGAAAAAAAAGACACUUUUUUAUUGUCUUUUUUUUAUUUUGUAUCACAUAUGACCAAAUGAAUAUUCCACUGUUGAAAAAUAAAGAUCAGCUUUCACCAAUCUAUUUUUUAUGGCAAUUCAUCCAGUUCAGGUCUGGCUACCCAGUGUGACUACUUACAUUACACACUGUAGCUUAUGUUACACCAAGUAAAGUUUUGGUAUGGGGAAUGGUCCAUAAUAAUGGGAAUACCAAAACUACCUCCUUGUUGUCCACUGUACCUGUGUAUAGGGUGUUAGUCCUGGACUGAUGGCCCAAGACCUUAUUAAACUGUACAGUAUAUACCAAAAUAAACCCUUGCAGAAAUGAAAGUAGAAAUUCACUAUGCAGACUUUUAAAUUAUAUAUCUAGGAACACCUCGAACACAAUUUUAGCCUAUUCUGAGUAACAAUGUAGACUACUGGCUUUGUUGGACAGAUUUACAGGGCCUUUGCUGGCUGCCAUGGGGUUUGCUCAUAAGACAAGGGCACCUGAGCAACACUGAAUUUGUGCGAGUAGCUGAAGGCAGCUUUGUUUGAACUUCAUGUUUGCAACGGGCUCUUUGUGACUAAAAAUAGGCUUGAACAUUCACAGCGAGGGACAAGGAAUCCACAGCUGUUCUGCCGGGCACUCUGCAUACCGCCAUGCCAUUUUAUGUGAAUUGAACAAUUUUCAAAUACUUUGAGAUGGAGAGUGUAAGAGGUGUAUCAAGAAGGCAGAAUACAAAGACCUCAUCAAUAGAACCCUGAAGAAGAAAACAACAUCCAGAAUCCCAAUUAAAAAACAAUUUUGAUAACACAGAAAAAUUUGAGUUGCUACAAAAAAAAAAAAAUUCCAUGCCUUGUUGCAGCUCAGUCCAAGAUAGUCUGCUUCUACAUGGUAGUAACUAAUGACUUCAUAUGUUGUUUAGAUAUACAGACAGACAGACAGACAGAAUAGACCUUUAUUUGUCCCCAUAGGAAAAUUUGGCUUUUUAAAAUGCUCUUUAAAUUAACAAAUAGGUAUAUCAUUUAAUGACAUACACCUUUGAUCUCCAUUAAAACUAUAAAUUGUAUUUUUCCAUAUCAGAAUCUCCAGAUUAGGAAAUGAAAGCCACUUUUUUCCUCAAACACUUGAAUUAAACUCCAGUGUCACAUUUUAAAAAGAUACAUUGCAUCCUUUCACUAAACUAAGCUCAAAAAGGUCCAAGUAACAGCGCAGGGUCCUAUCGCCAAUUCCAGAGUGCCAAAUACACUUACACAAAACCAAGGAUUAUUUGUAUACAGAGUGUAUUCAUACAAGCAGACAACACUUAUAAAGCCAGAUCAGAUGAUCGAAGGCCUAGAAGUUCUUUUAAUUUCUCCCCAAUGGGCUUACACAUUUCAAGUGAUAUUCAGU